AAUUUCAGGUAUCUGAUGUUUUUAUGACUGGAACUUUUUCGACUGCUUCUUCUGAAACUGAACAGAGUUUGGAACAUGAGCCUACGAGUCUUAACGAUGUUCCUGCUUAUCAUGGAUUUAAAGUAGCAAUCGAAGCUACAUUAGACUACGAAGAUUUCAUUCUCUAUGUAAUUCGAGUGAAAUAUAGAUUCGCGUCGUGGAUAGUGCGGCGUAGAUAUAAAGAGUUCGCCGAGUUACAUGCAUCACUAAGCAAACUUUAUACUGAGCCCAAUAAUGAAGUCCGUUUUCCAGGCAAACGAUUGGUUGGCAAUUUUCGGGAGAAAUUCGUGCAGAAAAGACAGAGGAAGCUGGAAGAAUAUUUGCGAGCUAACAUGCGAAAUCUAUCGAGUAUUCCGAAGGAACUGGCUUUCUUUCUUGAUAUGCAGAAGUAUGAGUUGAACUGGAUCGUGCAUACUCUGUCGGAGGAAUUGUUCGACAAGAAUGAGUUGCAGCUGCUUCCAGAGCGGUUCAAGACGUUCCAGUUGGACACCCUACAGCUGCAUGCCAUUUAUCAGAGAAUGAAUCUAUCGCUCCUUCCAGAUAACCUUGAGAUGACAGAGGCCUCUAUUAACCUGGCACACCUUAUGGACUUCGCAUUCAGUCUCACAGUGCUGAAAGUGGAAGGACGCAACCACCGUGCAGGUACCUCUGACUGGAAAUUGAACCGGGUGAUGUUUUCUCUGGCCUACUUCCGCAGUGUGCGCCACAUGCAACUGGAGUGUGUCAAUCUGGAGAUGGUAGACUGGGACGCCUCUCUCCCUCCUCUCACAAACUCUCUUGUCAAUCUGCACUGCCACAAGUCUAUUUCUAACACAUGUCAACUCCUCAAUCCAACUAAUCUACCACAGCCGCCUCUUUGGCCGCAUAUUGUGCGGCUUAAUCUUUCUCGGAAUCGACUCACCAGCAUAGACGAGUGUCUGCAGAUAGCAGCACCCAAAGUGCAGUUCCUAGACUUGAGUCACAACAGUCUAUUCUGCGUGCAAAAUCUGAGCCAGCUGUCUCAGUUGAGAGAACUGGACUUGUCUUACAAUCAGUUCUCAUGUCUGGAGGAUCUGCAUGCUAAAUUGGGAAAUGUGAAGAAGCUGUUGCUGGAUCACAACAAACUGUUCUCGCUGGACGGAAUGGCCAAGAUGUACUCUUUAGAGUUGCUGUCAUGUUCUGGCAACCGUUUGUGUGAAGUUGGAGAUAUUGUUGGCAUAUCUCAGCUUCCAUGCUUGGAACAGCUGUGGCUCAAGGACAAUCCCAUCUGCUCCCUACUAGACUACAGAACCAAGGUGCUUCAGAUAUUUGCAGACAGGGCGCAGGAAGUGUCCUUAGACGGAAUUCCGACAACUAUGAAGGAGCUGAACACUGUGCGAGUUCUGGUUGCUCUUCAGAAGGCAAAAGGGGCUUCUUACAGUUCCCAGUCUAGAGUGGGAACCACGAGGACAAUUGAUCAGACUCCUGAUUCAACCGCAUCAGAUCCCAAUGAAAAUGGACUGAAAGAUGAGAAUUUGGAAGCACAGCAGGGUAUCGAGGGGAUGCACGCAAACGGAGAAGCACACGGUGACACUGAGGUAUCCGCAAAUGAGGAAAAAGAUGGGAGAGUGAACAAGGAUCUAAUUGCGGCUGAAAAUGCAAACGGCGAAGAAUCACUGAAUGAGAAUCAUGAAAAGGGAGAAAAUACGAAUAUACAGGUAGAUGUGCCUCGACUACAUUGUAGUGCAGUGAGACAGGUGAAGAGGGGUCUGGUGAUGGGACUGACAGGAGAAGUGAACAUGAUAGACUGGAGUUGUCUCCUUCUACCAUCCCCACCACCACCCCCCUCCUCUUCUGCUUCAUCUACUGACAAGAAGAGAGAGUGCGGCAGGGAACUGGUGUCUCUCUUGUCCAGCAAUGUCUCAUCCAGGACAGACUGCACACAACUCUUCUCAUUCAUUGUCAGGAAAGAAGAGGAAGGAGACGUGAGUCUGCGACAUGUGGACACAUUCCUAGCCCUCCUCACUCAAUUCAUGCACAGGGGAUCCUCCGCCGCCGCCUCCCUCUCAUCUUCACCUGGGGGGCAUACUCUCGACCCCUUCAAGUCAGUCUGUGGGGCUCUAAAAGGGGAGGGGGAGGGGGACGGAGAGGAUGCGUAUCCCAGUUUCCAGCUGUGGGAACAGGUUUCCAGGAGCAAUAAGAGUGCACUCGCAACGCUACCGAUACCAAUAGCCUUGCGUAGUCUGGCGAGUUGUGAUCCCCGCAAAUUCAUAAACACAUUCCACGACGCUCUCACUGGCAGACCACAAGAGAAGGAACAGUUGCGUCAGUGUGUGUGGGCCUACGUCCAGACAUACCUCAUGUCCUGUCCCAGACCGGCUGUGCUGCUUGUGUCCAAUGAGAGUGUGAGGAUAUAUUUCGACAACACCUCCAACCCAACAUCCUCAGAUUUCUUCGCGCCCAGUCUUGAACAAAGUGCAGAUACUUCAGCUGCUACGAAAAGGUUGGGCGGAGUGUUACGAGGCGGGAGGAGGGUGAUGCCUCUAGAAGAUGCAGUGGCGUCCCACCUAUGUCUCAUGUGCACAAUUCCACUUCACCAAAUUCGAUCUCUAUCUUUGAACUCAACCUCACAUUGUGCCCAGAUGCGAUACAUCCAAAGUACUACUAGUAGUCCUAGUUCUUCUGAUCCAAAGCCGGAGCGUGAGGGGAGUGAUAUUGUGGAGAGAGUGAUGGUUGUUGCGACCUUGGAUGCAAGUGACUUGCAAGCCUUCUCUGCUCAGUUUCCGAACGUGCCGACGAAUUGCGAAUUGAAUUUGAUGGAUUUGAAGGACUCCAUUUUCAACAACAGUAUCAGAAGCACAGUAGAGCUAAACGGUGCAAGUAGUAGUGCCCAGAAAAGUAGCGGAAGAAUUUUUUUCGCUGCGAAUCUGAUGAAAUUGAGCAUCAAUGAUGUCAUACAUUCUACAUUCCCACUGAUCAUCCUCAUAGACCACUAUAUCUGUUGUAUUAAAGAACCCACCCUUGAAAUAAUGGGAAGCAGCAGUUGGAGAAAUAGGGCGACAGAGUCUACAGAAGACCCGCAAAUGUCAUCCAAUGGUCGGCAAGAGUCCUCGGAUGACCUUGAAAGGGAACCAGCCAGCUCGAAUCGGGAGGCAGAACUGACUGGUACUUCGAAACAAAAAGCACAGCAGAGAAUAAUAUGCGUACAUAAAAUAUCCCAGGUGCUCAUUUUGAAACUCUUGGGCCACGGAUCCGCAGCUUCUUCUCUGUCUCUCAGUGUAAGGACUCUGGCACAGUCACUGGAGGAUCUUUCUGACUCAAUGGAACUCAAGGUUGACGAGGAGUUUUAUGACUCGUCGGAUGCAUCGAGACACCUCUGCGACAUGCCAAUUCAGUACCUUAACAUCUCCUUCCGAACUGCCAAAGAGAAAGAGCGAUUUGUUUUCUUGCUACAGAAGAGGUAUGACGAUCUGGUCAGACGUAGACUCUCAGUUAUAUCUUCCUGACAUAGAAUAGAGUCUAAAGAAAACGUACAACUCAAAAGUCGUUGUCAAGUAACUGUUAUCAGCUCCAGUAGUUUAAAUUAAAUCAUUUCUGCCUUUAGUUGUCCAAUUUCAAAGUUUAUAGAUAGAUUUUGUCCAUUAGUAGAUUUAAAUUAUCUCUUUGUAAAGCAUAUUUAAUUUUUUGGUUUUUA